AUGUCUGAAGGAACACGGCCCAAGUACGACAAUCUCCCAGGCAUUGACACCGCCCCGGACAUAUACGAGACGCCCGAACUCGCCGAAGACGUGUCUACAAUACAAGCCUCCACCGCUGUUUCCGAAUCCGAUGGGGAAGGCGACGAUGACGACCCCAGGGACUCAGCAGUCCGUCACCAACGGCUCCAGCCAGACCAAGCCCGCAGCCGCUUCCAGCCCUCACGAAUAGACGCCCGCGGGGUCGAUUUCUCAGACAACAUCACCGCACAACGCCAAUCCUACCGCACAUCGACACAGCGCCAGCGACGGCGAGGCGAGAUAAUAGGAGAUGAUAGCGACGAAGAAGAGGAAAGCUUCGCAAAGAAGCUGUUGCGGAUCAAGAGGGAGCUAGCUGGGCUGGAAGAGGAGUACGAGCGCGGGGUGCAGAGCGGGGACAAGUCGAAGAUUGAGGAGCAAGACCCCAAGGAGAUGAUGGAGCUGAUAGCGAGCAAAGUCGACACGAUAUACACAGCACACAAGGGCGGUGCUCGGGGCGCACAGGCGAUACUUGAUCGGACGGUACAAAAGUUUGAGAGCUACAAGCCCUUUGAACCCAGCCCCAAGAUCAGCGAUGCCAUUGCAAAGAAGCCGCCGCUACCUGGCACCCAGAUACAAAAGAGCCAGCUGGAGUUUGUGCUGAACCAAGCGGCCGAGUUUGACAAGCGAAUUACUCAGAUGGAAAACAAUCUGGGCCUAAACGGAAACACAAUGCCGGAUCUAAGCGACCAUACGCCUUUCCCUGUCGCCACUACCCUGACGAGGUUGGAACAGACACUCAGCUUGAUUGGAGACGCCUCUGCCAACAAUAUGGAUGCCGUUACACAGAACGUCAAGAAGCUCACAGCAGAAGCGGAGCAUCUGAAGGAGGUUCGACAGGAAGCUGCACAAGCUGGUUCGACUUCUGGCGACAACAAGGCUCCCAUAUAUCCAGACCAGGAUGCCAAGAUCAAUGCGCUGUAUGGCACCCUGCCUUCUGUUGACAAGCUAUCGCCCAUUCUGCCUUUGGUCCUAGAGCGUCUGCGCACACUGCGACUCGUGCAUACAAGCGCUUGGCAAGCCGAUACAGUAUUAACAGAGCUAGAAAGCAGGCAGUCGACGCAAGAACAAGAAAUCAAAAAGUGGGAGCGCCAACUUGAGGUUCUGGAGAAGAAGAUGAAGACAGCCGAGACGGCCAUGGUCAACAACGUCAAGACUGUUGGGAAUGAUGUCAAGAUGCUGGAGGAGAAGAUGGCUAAGCUGCUUGCAGGAGGCCACGAGGAAUAA